AUGGCCUACAGCACGAUUAGCAAAACAAUCUUCCCUGUCAGUAUGCCUGGAGCUAUGAAUAUCGUUGACGCAGCCGUUCCGAGGCCCAAGCAAGCAAUGUCAGAGCUCACAGACGUGAUCAAUGGCCCCUUGGCUUGGUCAGGAGACGAAUUCAAAAGUGAAGAAGCAUACACCUUGGAAAUUCAUACAGAAGAGCUUCAAGAAGUGGAUGCGGCUCUUCAGAGCUUUAAAACUCACUGCCUUGAUGGUGACGAAGUUGGACAAUCCAACUUUCCUCUGCCUAAGCUUGCGCCGCAGCUUGCCCAAUGCGCCAAAACUAUCCACGAAGGGCGCGGAUUCUUUGUCCUUAGAGGUCUUGAUCAACUAAACUACUCUGUGGAAGAUAGCACCAUCAUCUACUUGGGUAUUGCCAGCUACAUUGCUGAUAAAAGAGGACUGCAGGAUAAGAAGGGAACUGUACUCACCCAUGUCACCAAUUCGAAAUCAUGGACAGUUCCAGCUGAGAAGCGCCACGGAAUUCAUUCCAGCCAGGCUCUGCCGUAUCACAAUGAUAUGGGUUGUGAUAUCCUAGCUCUCCAGGUUCGGCACAGCGCAGAAAAAGGGGGGUAUACGUACCUCAGUUCAGCCACUACCGCUUUCAAGAAACUACUCUCGGAAGCGCCAUCGGCGGCAUUGAGUUUGAUAACUCCAGAAUGGCCUGUGCAAAUUUCGGGCCGUGAGCCGAAUUAUUACCUCGCGCCUGCUCUUACGAUUCAUGACGGCAAAUUAAUGGCUAGCAUGGAUCCGAAUCGAUUCGGACCUCACCCAUCCUAUGGAUCAUCCAACGUGCCAAGUUUAACGGCGUCACAGCUGUUGGCUCUUGAGAAAAUAUCAAAUGCCGCCUACCGCACGGAGCUGCGGCUUGAUCUAAAGACAGGAGACAUCCUGUUCUUCAACAACUGGGCCCUGCUCCAUCGACGCGAUGCCUAUACAGACAGUGAUGAAACUUCCCGCCACAUGGUAAGGCUUUGGCUACGAAACUCGGAACUGGGCUGGUCAGUCCCAGACUCCUUACUGCAGCCUUGGCUUGCGGCUUAUGGAGACAAUGGAGUUCGAGACAGGCUCUACCCCCUGGUUCCAACAGCAGAAUACAAACUGCCCAAGUAUUCUGCGGGUUCUGCGGCAUUUGUGAUUGAGGAUUAG